AUGAUUCAGACAUCAAGGGACCAAUUGUAUAUGCAACCAAAAAUAGAGAAUCCUUCCAAAAAGCAAGUCCCCCUCCUGCUCAGUCUGGCAGCCGUCGUUGCCGCAGACAGCCGUGAGAUUUACCGCCCACCUCAGUCUUCCCAGGAUACCUCAGAGUCUUCCGAAGAAUCCUACGAGUCUUCUGAGGCCAAGUACAGCUUCAACUGGGCCGUGAGCGAUGACUCCUCAAGUAACGAGUUCGGACACCAGGAGGCCCGUGACGGCGACCACAUCCAGGGAUCUUACUACGUGGAGCUCCCCGAUGGCCGCCUGCAGACCGUCAAGUACUUCGUGAACGGCGACUCCGGCUAUGUGGCUGAGGUCAACUACGAGGGCGAAGUCUCCGACGAGUCUAACUCUUCUGAGUCUGAGGAGGAUGUAUCAGUAUACAAGUCGUAG